AUGAGAAGAUUAACAAAUGUGUUAAAAGUAAAGUACCUUCUAUACUUGCAGGUGGGGGAUCUUCAAGAAUUGGGUGCAAUAGCAGAUUUAUUUUUGAAGAAAAGAUCAUCUCCUUUGUUGAUAGGUACUAUCAAAUCAAAUAUGGGCCAUACAGAAGCAGCUUCAGGAAUAUGUUCUGUAAUCAAAUCACUAUUAGUUCUAGAAAAUAAUGAAAUUCCUCCCAACCUGCAUUACAAAAAUCCAAACUCUAAAGUGCCAGCUCUUUUAGAUGGAAGACUGAAGGUGGUCACUGAGCGACUUAAAUGGCAUGGUAACUUAAUUGCUGUUAAUUGCUUUGGAUUUGGUGGAUCAAAUUCACAUAUAAUUCUGAGAAGACCACAAUCCACCCAGAGAAAAGAUUCUUUCAUAUAUCCUCUAACUAAAGUAAUCUGUGUAUCUGGACGCAAUCAAGUGGCUGUGAAAACCCUGCUGACUAAACUUCAAGAUGAGGAUAAAAAUCAUGCAUUCCAAGCACUUAUACAAGAAAUACACUCAAUGAAUAUCAUAAGACAUGAAUGGAGAGGCUACAUAGUGAUGAAUCCCAGUGGUAACAACCUACAAGACAUACAGAUCUGCAACAAACAGAGAAAACCAGUGUGGUUAGUUUUUUCUGGACUUGGUAGCCAAUGGGCAGCUGCAGGGCGAGUGUUUCUGCAGCUAUCAAUCUUAAAAGAUGUCAUAAGACAGUGUGCUGAGUCACUUUAUCCAUUCAAAAUUGAUCUUUUUGAACUUCUCGAAGAUGAAGAUGAUACAUACACAGAUCACACUAAAACAUUCAUUUCCAUUGUUACAGUACAGAUAUGCUUAGUCACUCUACUGAGAGCAGCUGGAGUGGAGGCAGACGGCUUCAUAGGGCAUUCACUUGGAGAAAUUGCAGCGGGUUAUGCAGAUGGUUGCUUAACAGCUCAACAGGCAGUGCUUAGUGCUUACUACAGGGGAGAAGCUAUGAGAAAUAAGGAAUUCAAUGGUGGAGCAAUGCUUUCAGCAGGAAUUUCUGCAGAGCAAGCAAAAGAUAUCAUCCCUCCCUGUGUUGAUAUUGCAUGCUACAAUAGUUCUAGUCAUAUUGCAUUAUCAGGCCCAAGCUCAGAAAUUGCAAUGUUGAAGAAGCAGCUCAGCAGACAGGAUGUGAUUGUGAAAGAGAUUGAAGCAGGUGGAAUUGCAUUUCAUAGCAGAUACAUAAAGUCUGCUGAGAAUAUACUCUUGCAGAAUAUGAGAAAGGUGAUACCCAAACCAAGAAAAUGUUCAGAGAAAUGGAUUUGUUCCAGUGUACCUAAGAAUGAAUGGGAUUCUAAAUCUGUUAAAGAAUGUUCUGCGGAAUACCUAACACGUAACAUGAUGUCACCAGUAUUAUUUGCAGAUGCACUGUCUAUGGUACCACACAAUGCAUUUGUAAUAGAAAUAGCUCCACGAGGAAUAUUGCAAAGCAUACUGCGUGGGGGACUACCUGGUUCUGUGACAAUAGCAAGUGCAAUGUCACGUUAUGACAACUCUUUGUUGCAGUUUUCUCUUGUUCUGGGAAGAUUGUAUUUGUCUGGGUCACAAAUAUGUCUUACAAAACUCUACCCUCACAUUGAAUACCCAGUCCCUGCUGGAACACCACAUAUUUCACCUCUAACAGUAUGGAACCAUGAUCAAGAGUGGUUUGUACCAAUUUUCUCUGACAAGGAUUUUCUAAAUAAACAGUGCGACAAGUUUGAGAUUGAUCUGAACAAGCAUGAAGAUGAGUGGUACAAGGGUCAUACAAUUGAUGGAAGAAUAUUAUUCCCAGCAACAGGAUAUCUGGUUCUCGCUUGGAAGACAUUGGCAGCACAUAAAGGCUUCAAGUAUGAAACUCUGCCAGUCAUUUUUCACAAUGUGCACUUUCAGAGGACAACUGUGUUUCCUUCCACAGGGAAACUCACUUUCUUUGUUGAGAUGAUCUUUACAGAAGGACAAUUCAUUAUUUGUGAAAGUGACCAAAUAGUUGUGUCUGGUCAGAUAUUUGUCUGCCGGGAACCAGAGAAGGAAUUUAUUUGCCUGAAUAAAGCUUCCCAGACUGGUGAACGAAGUACUAUGCCAUUACUCAAGAGCAAGGAAGCGUAUUUGGAUUUGCGUUUACAUGGGUAUCAAUACACAGGAGUCUUUAAGGGAAUGUUGGAAAUAGAUGAUAGUGGAGCCAAAGUUCAUUUUACCAAUAACUGGGUUGCUCUGAUGGACUCUGUUUUGCAGGCAGCCUUAAUGAAGAGUGCUUUCAGGUAUUUCUCACAUAUCUGUUUUCCAACAAAACUGCAGAAGGUGAUUAUUGAUCCGCAGAAAGUUUGUCAGACAGGUUGGUAUUCAAAGACUCUUUUGAAUUAUUUCAUCCAGAAGACUUCCAUAGCAUUUCCUAGUUUUGUCCUUUGCAAGAAUAAUUCUCUUUUCUUAAGAGGAAACAUUGUAAUUGAGCCUUAUGUCAUACACAAUAACAAGUCAACUUAUCAAAUAACUUUAAACGUCACUCCUAUGUUGCUGAGAAAUUUGUUUUUAUAA